AUGAAACAUCUUUGGCCGUUGGUGGUGUGGAUACUUCUAUCCCUGUGUCCGGCCGAAUCUCUGAGAGGACUCGGCCACGGACUAAGGAGGGAAGUGUUCUUCCUGAACCUCGAGGACGGCUACUUCGGAUGUCAGGUGAACGAGUCGACGGACAUCCUGCAGCUCCUCGAACUGUCCAAGCUAUGCGACAGUAACGUCGACUGCUACCAAGGCACGGACGAGCAACGCAAUAGGCUAAAGUGUACAGACGACUGCACGAAGGAGGACGGGACCAGGUGUCUGAACGGCGUCUGUCUCGACUCCGUCUGCCAUUGCAACGACGGUUUCGGUGGUUGCAAUUGCCAGGUACCAGACAUCAACGAGUGCGAUAACCCGGUUUUUGCCGCGAGAUGCGUCGAGAACGCGGAAUGCUGCAAUCUGCCCUCGAAUUUCCUCUGCAAAUGCAAACCUGGCUACAUCGGCGACGGCGAGGUCCAUUGCGAGGAUGUGAACGAGUGCGCGAUAGCCGGAGCGUGCGCCGACAAUGCCGUCUGCAACAAUAUUCCGGGGAAUUACACCUGUGCAUGCCAAAACGGCUUCACGGGAGACCCGUACGAAACCUGUAUCGAUAUCAACGAAUGCAACUACGCGGGUGCUUGCGGAAGGGGUGCGUUGUGCGUGAACCUGCCGGGCUCCCACAAAUGCGAGUGUCCCGAGGGGUAUAACGGCAAUCCUGAGGAAGAAUGCGUGGACAUCGACGAAUGCCUGCGUAGUCCUUGCGGUCGUUCAGCUCAGUGCACAAACGUGCACGGCAGUUUCCGCUGUUCUUGCCCGGAAGGAAUGAGCGGCGAUCCUUGGUUAGGCUGUCACGAUGUAAACGAGUGCGAGGAGGGCACGCCUUGCGGCACGGACGCGGAGUGCGUGAACACAGAGGGUAGUUUCGAGUGCAGAUGCCAGGCUGGCUAUCAAAUGGACCCGACGCACGGUUGCAUCGACGUGAACGAGUGCAGUCGGCCGGAUGCAUGCGCGGAGAACGCAAGAUGCAUCAACGUGCCUGGAUCGUACAAAUGCAUCUGUCCCCAGGGCUUCAUCGGUCAAGGACUAACAUUGUGCGAAAAUGUGAACGAAUGCGAGAGAAACCCUUGCGGAGAGAACGCUGAAUGCAGCGACACGAUUGGCAGCUUCGUAUGCAGUUGCAAGGCGGACUACACUGGGGACCCGUUUAAGGGAUGCAGCGACAUCGACGAGUGUACAGCGUUGGAGAGCCCCUGUGGAAGGUACGCUAUUUGCAAGAACAGCGAGCCCGGGUACAACUGCGUCUGUCCACCGGGAUACAGUGCCAAUCCCAACCCGACAGUCGCUUGCGAACAGACCGACGUGACUACGCUUUGCAAAUCGAACUUCGACUGCGUGAACAAUGCCGAGUGCAUAGAAGGACAAUGCUUCUGCAAGAACGGGUUUAAGGCUGUUGGAGCUGAAUGCGUGGACGUAGACGAGUGUCUUUCGAACCCCUGUGGACCUGCAUCGAUCUGCAGCAAUACUAAGGGAAGUUACCAUUGCGAGUGCGAGUCUGGUUUCGUUGGAACUCCACCACACAUACCCUGCAAAGGGUUGAUUGUAACCGUGUUUCUAUUUCUCACAGCACCCUGUGACGAAGUAACUUGUGGAGACCACGCGUUCUGCAAAGCGGAUGGCCACGAAGCUUAUUGCAUCUGCGAAGAUGGCUGGACCUUUAAUCCGAACGAUAUUGCUGCUGGAUGUGUUGAUAUAAACGAAUGCGACGCGAUAAAUGGUCCUUCGGGACGUUGCGGUAAAAAUGCAAUUUGUACUAAUACUCUGGGUGGAUUUAGUUGUCAAUGCAAACCUGGAUUUUCUGGAAAUGCCUUCAAACAAUGUCUAGACGUAGACGAAUGUGCCAAGCUAGACUCCUGCGGCCAUGGUGCUACUUGCACCAACACCGAGGGUUCUUAUUCGUGUACCUGCCCAGAAGGCACUAUCCCGGAUCCAGACCCUUACAUCAAGUGCGUCGGUAUAGUUACUUGCGAGGUCGAUGGCGACUGCCCUGGAAAUGCCAUUUGCGAUCCACAGAAACGUUGCCUGUGCCCUGAACCCAACGUUGGCAACGACUGCAGACAUCCAUGCGAGGACCUGACUUGCGGACCGAAUGCUCACUGUAUGCUGUCCAACGACGUGGCUACUUGUCUCUGUCGCAAUGGUUACACAGGAAAACCCGGAGUGAAGGGAGGCUGCAGGGACAUCGACGAGUGCGCCAUUAAUCCGUGUCCUCAAGGGGCAAUUUGCAAUAACGAGCCAGGAUCCUUUUCCUGUCAGUGUCCCAGUGGUACCACAGGGGAUCCUUACAGCGGUGGCUGUCAGGAAUCGAAGGCUCCUCAUGUCUGUGGACCAAGCACACCGUGUCCCGCUGGAGAACAGUGCAUCAAGGACGAAUUCGUGGGUAGCAGCGUGUGCAUUUGUCAGAGAGGAUAUACUAGGGAUCAUGAGACCGCCAAGUGUAGAGACAUCAACGAGUGCAUGGAGCUCAGAGAUAAACCUGCUUGUGGUGUUAACGCCAUUUGUAAGAAUUUACCCGGAAGCUACGAGUGCCAGUGUCCACCUGGGUUUAACGGCAAUCCGUUCUCUCUGUGCGAAGAGUGCAACAGCAUCGAGUGCCAAUGUCAGCCUCCGUAUAAGAUCGUCAAUGGUAAAUGCAUGCUGGCCGGAUGUUCCAAGGGUGAGAAGUGUCCCAGUGGUGCAGAAUGUAUCACUAUUGCUGGCGGAGUCAGCUACUGUGCUUGUCCCAAAGGCUACACUACCAAGGCUGACGGUUCUUGCGAAGACAUAAACGAGUGCAUCGUUGGACACCAAGUGUGUGGCUACGGAGCAGAGUGUAUUAACCUUCCAGGAUCCCAUCAGUGCGUCUGUCCACACGGUUAUGGUGGAGACCCAUACAACGGUCUGUGCUCUCCAGCUCAGAAAAGAUGCACGAACGACAACGAGUGUAAGGCCAACGAGAAAUGCGUGCAGCCUGGCGAGUGUGUCUGUCCUCCGCCAUUUUACACGGACCCUCUCGAUGGAAACCUCUGCAAGAAUCCUUGUGACCGAUUCCCAUGCGGUAUCAACGCGAAGUGCACACCGAGCGAUCCACCAAGGUGUAUGUGCGAGGCUGGCUACGAAGGAGACCCCCAACAUGGCUGCGUCGACGUGAACGAGUGCGCGAAUAAUCCCUGUGGACAUGGCGCCUACUGCAUCAACACCAAGGGCGACCAUAUCUGCGAGUGUCCAAAGGGUACAGUGGGCGAUCCUUAUGGCGGUGGUUGUACCGGAGUCGUUGUUCCAAAGAACGAGUGUUCCUCUAACGACGACUGUGAUAACAUCUUCGCCUGUGUGAACGGCAGAUGCGUGAAUCCUUGCGACAAUAUACCCUGUGGGCCAAACGCCUACUGCGAGCCCGACAAGCACGCUGCCUGGUGUCGGUGUGUUAUCGGAUUCGUAGAAGGCAAGAACAACGAAUGCGUUUCACAGUGCGAUGGCUUCGUCUGUGGCUCUGGGGCACAGUGCAUCGUGAGCUAUAGCGGACCAACGUGCAAGUGCAUCGAGGGUUUCAUGGGUAACCCGUUCCCUGGCGGUCAGUGUCAACCGGAUGUCUGUUCUCCGGAAGUGCCCUGUGCGGAGCCAAGCGUGUGCAUAAGUGGAAGAUGUAAACGACGCUGCGAAGGCAUCGUCUGUGGUGUUGGUGCCUCUUGCGACCCGGCGACCAACAAGUGCGUGUGCAAUCCGUAUUUCAUCGGGAACCCUGACCUCCUUUGCAUGCCUCCGAUUCAUCCAGCUGUCUGCGACCCUGCUUGUGGAUCCAAUGCUCACUGCGAGUACACGUUGCAAGAAUCAAAGUGCGUGUGCAAUCCAGGUACAAGUGGAAACCCGUACCACGGUUGCGGGGUGCAACAGAAGUCUGAUUGUUCCACUGCACUCUGUGGCAAGGAUGCCCACUGCAACGCUGGUCCGAAUGCCGUCGAAUGCUUGUGUCCUCCUGGAUACGCAGGAAAUCCGUAUAUUCAGUGUCACGAUAUCAACGAGUGCAAUGGAAACGCUUGCGGUGGUAACGCGGUGUGCAUCAACACCAUUGGUAGCUACGAUUGUCGUUGCAAAGAGAGCUUCUUCGGCAACCCCUUCAUCGGUUGUCAGCAAGUCCAAGUCGGUGCCUGCACCGACCCUGCGACCUGCACCUGCAGUGACUCGGUUCCCUGUCCGUUCGAUUAUAGCUGCGUGGCUGGCAAGUGCAUAAAUCGGUGCAGUGACGUGAAAUGUGGUCCCAGAUCUGUUUGUCAGGACGGUACUUGCGUUUGUCCACCUGGCUACAGCGGCAAUCCCAAUGACCUAACGAAAGGCUGCUACCUUCAUGGCCACUGCUCGAACGAUCUCGAUUGCGAACCUCAACAAAUCUGCUUCCAAGUUGGAAAAGGCGUUAGGAAAUGCGUGGAUGCGUGCAGCAAGCUCCAGUGUGGUCCCAACGCGUUGUGUGUCACUCAGAAUCACGUGUCUUCGUGCUUGUGCGUCGACGGCUACCAAGGGAACCCUAGCAAUCUGAUAUGCAGGAACACCUGGAUUGGUGCUCGCGAGUGCGUGAAUCCGUGCAGCAAAGUGGUCUGUGGAGCUCAUCAAAAGUGCGAGCCUGACAUAAUCCCUGGUCAUGCCACUUGCAAGUGUCAAGACGGCUACGAGUGGAAUCCGAUACUGUCAUCGUGCGAGAAACCAUCCGUUCCUGAUUGUAUAUCCGACGACGACUGUCACAUCACGGAAGCUUGCAGACCUGAUGCUCUCGGUGUGUUGAAGUGUAUCUCAGUGUGUCGAAGCUUCACCUGCGCGAUUAAUUCUCAGUGCGUGGCUGAGAGACACCGUGGUCGCUGCGAGUGUCUACCUGGUUUCAUCGGCAAUCCAAACGAUCGUCAGGGUUGCCAGACACCUAGAAAGGAUCAGUGUUCCACCGACAGUGAGUGUCCAGAGGAUCAGACCUGCAGGAGCACCAAGGAGGGUCUCCUGACAUGUCAGCCGGUCUGCAAUUUCGUUUCAUGUGGUCCAAACGCUUUGUGCGUGGUUCAUAAUCACGUAGCUAAUUGCGAAUGUCCACCUGGCCUCUACGCUGGUGAUCCUAACGACGUGGUUAAGGGAUGUCGAGCGGUUCCUUGCGUCUACAACAUCGAUUGUCCACCUACUCAGCUUUGCAAUAGAUUGACGCACACUUGUUACGACGCUUGCGACGAAAAUGCUUGCGGCGUGAACGCCGUUUGCAUCGCGGAUGAUCACAGAGCGAUCUGUCAGUGCCCACCUGGACUGAAACCUAAUCCUGUUCCUGACGUGGAGUGUGUCGCCAUCGAAGCUUGCCAUCCUAGUCCCUGUCACGAAACGGCUCUGUGUGUCCCAGGACCUACCAAUAAUCCCGUCUGUCAGUGUCCAUCGAAUUUUGUCGGGGAUCCUUACUUGAAAGGUUGCCAACCGGAAGGCUACUGCGCCAGUGCUAAGGAUUGUCCAGUGCAUUCCAUCUGUCACAACCAUCGCUGUGCCAAUCCCUGUGAAAAUGCCUGUGGAUCGAAUUCCAUUUGUGAUGUCAUUAAUGGACAACCCACUUGCAAGUGCAUUCAUAAAUUUAUUCCAUCCUCGAAGGGUCCACAAGAUGGUUGCGUCCGCGCCUCGAACUAUUGCAACGUCGAUGCUGAUUGCGAGGAAAGCGUCUGUCUCGAAGGACAAUGUAUAGCUGUUUGUCGAAUGGCCACCGAUUGCUCAGAUGGUGAAAAAUGUGUGAACAACAAAUGCAUGAUCCCUUGUGUCACUCACACGCAGUGUCAGACAGAUCAGGCUUGCGUCAACGGACUGUGUAUUCUGGGUUGUCGAAGCAACAAAAAUUGUCCUUCGACGGAAUCCUGUAUCAAUAAUAAGUGCCAAGAUCCAUGCAAGAGGAAGGAUGUCUGCGGUCCAAACGCGAUUUGCAGCUGCACUAAUCACGCCACGACCUGCACCUGUCCCCUCGGUUUUCAUGGGAAUCCCACUCCUCAACAGGGGUGUGUCAGAGUGCCAAAUAUCUGCGAGGGUCCACAGGACUGCCCCAGCCAGCACCUGUGUGUCUCUGGCUUCUGCCAGUGCCAAUGCAGCGAACAGAAUAAUUGUGCCGAAGGAGAACGCUGCAAGAGUGGAAUAUGCGUGAAAGUGUGCUAUAGCGACAGCAAUUGUUUGCCAGGUGAAUUGUGCAUCGACGGCGUGUGUGAAGUAGGUUGCACCUCGGACGUUGGUUGCAACGAUAACGAGGUGUGCAUCAACAACAAAUGCAAGUGCAGUCACGGGUUCAUCGCUGGACCAGAGCACUGCUUAGACAUCAACGAGUGCGACGAUCAUCCGUGUCACUCGAGUGCAGAGUGCGUUAAUCUUCAUGGGUCCUAUCGCUGUGUCUGCCCACAAGGCACAGCUGGCGAUCUCGUGGGAUCUGGUUGUGUAAUCCCUCACCAGUGUACAGUGCACACGGAUUGUCCCGAUUCGCAAGCUUGCAUCCAACACAAUUGCACCGACCCUUGCUCUCAGGUCGACUGUGGGCUGAACACAGUUUGCUCUGUUCUCGAUCACACAGCCGCCUGUCAGUGUCAACCUGGUUACAUUGGAGACUCUUCUGGCUGCUUUAAAGUGGAAUGCCUCUCUAACAACGACUGUCCCACUGACAAGUACUGCAAUCAGGACACGAACAAAUGCAGCAGUCCUUGCAACCAAGUCAACUGUGGCUACGGCAACUGCAUAGCAUCUGAUCACACUGGAAUAUGCAAAUGUUAUCCUGGCUUUGAACUAGUGGGUGACAUUUGCGGAGACGUUAACGAAUGUUUGGAGAAUCCUUGCCACUCUUCUGCAGUUUGUCAGAACACGGAAGGCUCUUACGCUUGCGUCUGUCCUCACGGUCUGGUUGGAGAUCCUUUCAAGUCAGGCUGCAAACAACCAGGGGACUGCUUCACGGACUUCGAUUGCCCGAAUUCUGCCGCCUGUAUUGACAACAGAUGCUCCAAUCCCUGUGACGUGUCAUCUGUCUGUGGUAAAAAUGCUGAGUGCUUCGUUCGGGAUCACGUUCCGCUUUGCAGGUGUCCUGGCCAGACCACUGGCAACCCAGCGUCGGAGUGUAUUCACCUGGAGUGCAACUACCACAGCGAUUGUAGCGCUUCAGAUGCAUGUUUCAAUCACAAAUGCGUCGAUCCUUGUUCCCUCUCCAACGUUUGUGGGCAAGGAGCAGAUUGUUCUCCUCUAAAUCAUAGCGCUGUGUGCACCUGUCAACCUGGUGGCACGGGAGAUCCCAAUCUGGGCUGCACACCUGUUCAGUAUUGUAAAUCAGACUCCCAAUGUGCCACAGGUUCAGCUUGCAAUGGAGGAAUAUGUACUGCGCUCUGUGGUAGCACAAGAGAUUGCAUUGGUGACCAGCUCUGCAUCAAUGGCCUCUGUCAGCCUACCUGCAAGAGCAACUCCAGCUGUCCCGAGUAUCAGUACUGUCACAAUAAUAUCUGUGUGCAAGAAUUGCGUUGUGUGUCCGAUGAUGACUGCAGCGUCGACGAAAAGUGUAUCAAGAACAACAUUGGUCAAGCAGAAUGUCAAAAGUCUUGCGACCUGGUCCUCUGUGGACGACGAUAA